AUUCGCUUUAGUCGAGUCUUGCUUUUCGUCGGCGCGCCAACAGUACGCGCGUUCUCGUUGAUUCAAGAAAUGUCGCGCGACGUUGACAAAGGUACAAUUCAAACAUGCAUAAAAAUGCACCGGAAUGUACAGAAAAUGAUAAUUUGUUAGAAAAUCGGAACGAUCCUCGUAUCGCGUGUUGUUCAGUCGUAUUGUCAGACGAAUCGAAUCAAAGGUAUAAUCAUAAUCAUCAUCAUCACCAUCAUCUUCAUCACCAUCAGCACAAUUAUCGACGUCAGCAACAACAAAGAUAUCAACAAGAUAAUUGUAAAAGUGUAGUAAGCUAUGAGAAAUCGAAUGGAAAGGGGGGUGGUGGUCCAAUCGGGAUCGUUGAUGGUUCGAGUCACGAUGUCACCUCUUCAGCAACUCUUCCAUCGAUCGUCGUCAGCGACGUAGACGAGAACGAGGAGGAUCCACCACCUUACAGUGCGAUUGUGCCACCGGAUCACGUCGGCUGGCCGUUCGUCUUCUCGACCCACAUCCCGUAUUCCGUGCACGCAACGCAACCCUGCAUAACAGAGCCGCCUUUGGCGCCCUUCCAGACACUACCCCUAACUCAAGCAUCGCCACCGCUACCUCUACCUCUACCACUACCACUACCACUACCACUACCACUCUCGCAAUCGCAAUCACUAGCAUCAACAUCACCAGUACAAGCAACAUCCUCCCUCCAACAACCACUCACGGCAACGGCUCACCGAAUCGAAAACCCUUCUUCCCUUGAUCMCCCCMCCCCAAGCCUGUCCUUAACGCCUUACCGGUUUUUUAAGUUUCCCUCUCCUCGAUCCAUCAUAGGCCACCAUCGUUCUUCGAAUUUCAUUGAUAAUCCUCCUAACGGCAAACAGGUUCAACGAAAAUCUAGAAGAUACGGAGGAAUAUUAAUUGCAGCUGCUGUCAUUGUUUUUCUAAUGGUAUUGUCCUUGUUGGUUAGAUUUGUAAUGGAAAGAAGUUUCUGGCGAAGGUGAUAGCGUUAAAUAUAAAAUAAAAUAUCGAAGCUAAUAAUCUCAGACAAAAAAAUAUGAAAAAAGAAAGAAAAAAUCGUCAGAUACUUUAAUUUCGAAUUUGCAUUAAUAUUUCGAAGGUGAAAGAGCAAUGUAAAAUAUACAAUUAGAAUCAGUAUCAUACGACACAUGUACGUUGCAAGUUGUUUUUCUUUUGUUUUCUUUAAAAUUUCUCAUUUAUCGCAUUAAACUCGAUCGAACACGCGAAAUUCGAAACACAUAAUAUUCAUUUAUUCAUUUCGACGAACUUAAAAACAAUAUCGAUUAAAUAUAAUCAAACUGUACUCGUUUUGUGCUCGAUUAUUUUAUCAACGAAGUCUCUAUACUUAUGAACGAUGAAUCAUUUUUAUUAAUCAAUGUGUCCGAUAAUAUGAACUGUAAAGACGAAAUCUAUUUUAAAUAUAUUUUGAUAUAUAUUUUUAUUAAGAGAUUGUAUAAUUACAUUGUAUAAUUUACAAAAGUCUCUUUAUCAUAAACUAUUUUAAUAGGUAUAAUUAAUUUUUAUGCACGUAUUACAAUAAUACUAUUUUUAUAC